GCAUGGCACCGGUGGCAACCUGUGCUUCCAGGCCCCCGCGCCGCCGCGGAGACUGUGACUGGGAUUCCCCCCCGGGGCUGCGUUGGUGCCGGCCGGGCCGGUCACAUGGGCGGGAAGAUGGCGGCCCCCGGAGCGCGCGGCGAGCAUCGCGUAUCGGUGAGAUGGGGGCGGCGGCGGCGCUAGCGGGCCGACCGGGCGGGUACUGAGCUCCGGGGGUGCGCUCGGGCGUCCGGCGGCGGAGAGCACGGGUCUCAUGCCCGUGAGUCCCGAGGUUUAGCCAGAGCAGGUCGGCAGGAGGAAGGAGGCAGGUGCCAUGGUGACUGAGCAGGAGGUGGAGGCCAUUGGGCAGACGCUGGUGGACCCCAAGCAGCCCCUGCAGGCCCGCUUCCGGGCGCUCUUCACCCUGCGAGGGCUCGGGGGUCCAGGAGCCAUUGCCUGGAUCAGCCAGGCCUUCAGCGACGACUCUGCCCUGCUCAAGCAUGAGCUGGCCUACUGCCUGGGCCAGAUGCAGGAUGCCCGGGCCAUCCCCAUGCUGCUGGCGGUGCUGCGCGACUCCCACCAGGAACCCAUGGUGCGCCACGAGGCGGGGGAGGCCCUGGGGGCCAUCGGGGACCCAGGAGUCCUGGACAUCCUGAAGCAGUACUGCGCUGACCCAGUGGUCGAGGUGGCCGAGACAUGCCAGCUGGCUGUUGGGCGGCUGGAGUGGCUGCAGCAGCAUGGCGGGGAGCCAGUGGCAGCAGGGCCCUACCUGUCGGUGGACCCGGCCCCACCCGCUGAGGAGCGCGACGUGGGGCGGCUGCGGGAGGCGCUGCUGGACGAGGCCCGGCCGCUCUUCGACCGCUACCGAGCCAUGUUCGCCCUGCGCGAUGCCGGGGGCGAGGAGGCGGCGCUGGCGCUGGCCGAAGGCCUGCGCUGCGGCAGCGCCCUCUUCCGCCAUGAGAUCGGCUACGUCCUGGGCCAGCUGCAGCACGAGGCGGCAGUGCCCUGGCUGGUGGCCUCCCUGGCGCAGCCGGCCGAGAGCCCCAUGGUGCGACACGAGUGUGCCGAGGCCCUGGGGGCCAUCGCCCGGCCUGCCUGCCUGGCCGCCCUGCGGGCCCAUGUGGCUGACCCCGAGCGCGUGGUGCGGGAGAGCUGUGAGGUGGCCCUGGACAUGUACGCGUACCAGACGGGGCCGGCCUUCCAGUACGCUGAUGGGCUGGAGCAGCUGCACCCUCCGCCUCCUGGAGCCGCCCCCCGCCCUCCCCCGCAGGGCCCCGAUGUGUAAACCCACCCGCCCCCCGAGUGUGGGGCUGGGGCUCUUCUGGCCGGGUACCCUGCCUCUGCACUGACUCAGGGCCAAGGUGUCCCCUGCCAAGGUGCCCAAGGGUCCAUGCACAGGAGGGGCAGGAUAUCGGUGUGGGAGGGGGUGGUCUGAGGGGCGCCUGAACAGGGCUGUGCCCUGGGGGUGGGGUGGGUGGCCCUGAGCCAGCUUCUCUGGGAAUGAGACAUGCCAGGAAGGUGCUAUGGCCUAACCUGCCCCAUUGGGCAGGGGCUGGGGUAUCAGGGGGCUGCUCCUGGGGCCCCUAACUCCCCAGCCUGGGCCUGGGCGGGGUGGGAGGUGGUCGCUGGGUGGCUGGGCUGGGGGCUCUGGCUGGGAGAAAAACAGACCCCAGGGUCCAUAUGGUCUAUUAACUUAUUUUUGCCAUGCA